AUGGAAGAAACAAAUUACAUCCGAAAGUACACUGGGAUACGGACCGAUACCUCAAACAACCCUAGACCAACAGGGACUGCAUCUGGUGUAAAGCCAUCAACAGAAGAGGCGCUUCAGGAGCCACCAUUAACUGAAUCUUACUACCCGCAUCGUAAAACGUACUACGACAAGCUGAAGCUCUUUCAAAUUUCUGAUCUUCACAAACCGAACGAACUCAAAGGCAUGAUGUCACGCCCUCUGAUUUUUCUCACUUUUCCCGUGAUCUUCUAUUCCGGGUUUUCGUACGGUUCCAACCUUGUCUGGUUUAACGUACUCAACGCAACGGCGUCCGUCAUCCUCAACGGCACUUACGGAUUUUCUGCCAGCAUUGUCGGUGUAUGCUACAUCUCGCCCUUGCUCGGAGUCGCUGUUGGCGCAGCGUACACAGGCUGGUUCGGUGAUGCAUUCAUCGUGCGCAAGGCGCGCAAGAACAACGGUAUUAUGGAAUCUGAGCAUCGACUCUGGUUAUUUAUACCAUCGUUGGUAUUGAUCCCUUCCGGGUUGAUACUCUGGGGCGUUGGCUCCGCGCACCACGUGCAUUGGUUUGGUCCCGUUUUUGCUAUGGGUGUGAUUGCUAUGACGAACACAGUUGGGUUACAACUGAGUGUUGCCUAUUGCAUCGACUCUUACCGCGCACUAUCUGGCGAAGCUAUCAUUACGGUCAUCCUUGUUCGCAACACGAUGAGCUUCGCAAUCGGAUAUGGGAUCACACCGUGGGUUGAGGAUAUGGGGCUCCAGAAUUGCUUUAUCACGGCAGCUUUUGUGGGGCUAGCACAAGUGUGCACGGUGUUUGUCAUGAUAAAGUAUGGCAAGGGGCUGAGGGAAACGAGUGUGUCAAGAUAUGAGGGCUAUGUGGAUGAGAUGGCGAAGAGCGGGAUGGUGCACUGA